AUGUCUUCUGCCUCGCUUAUUGUCCCCUUGGCUCUCUGGAGCCACUUGCCAAAUGUGCAGGUGACUACAGUUGCUUAUAAGGAUGGACAUAUAGUUGCAGGGUUAAAAAACGGACAUAUUUGGAUAUAUCGGUGUCAAGUUAACGGGGAGAAGAGUGAGCUUGAGCUGGAACACAAAAUCCUAUGUAUUGGCCAUAAGUCUGCUGUCGCUGCACUUACAAUAGUCGAGAGUCAAACAGAUGGAAGUGUCGGCAAUGAUCAUAUUGUGAUUAGCGCUUCGCAGGACGGAGAAAUAAUCAAGUGGUGCUUACUAGAUGGACAAUGUCUUUUAAGUUGUUCACGUGGUUUUGAUGGCAUACCGAAAAGUUUAAAGCCUCUGGCGGGAUCUGCGCAGCCAGCAAAAUUUCUUUUAUGUUCCGGAUUUUCAAAUGAAAUUAUUAUUUUGGAUUGUGUGACAUUAGAGGUUGUUCGAGUAUGGGCCGGGCAUGACGACUGGGAAACUUGUACACCCUUCUACGACUCGGAUGCGCGUCAAGUUCGACUAUUAACUGCAAACUUUAACGGAAAACUACGUAUUUGGACAUUCGACGAACUGAAGAAAACGAUAAUCAAAGAAUACGAAUAUGUCGGAAACUUGGACAUGCACGGUGACAAAAUUUUGGAGUUGAUUAGUAAUCCGUAUGAUGUUGGUGUCGUGUUGGCAGUGUCUAGGAAGAUUGUGUUUAUAUUGACAAUACGAAGCGACAAAGUGCUUAAUAUGCAAUCUAUCACAUGUCCAAAAGAAAAUGAAAUCUGGAUUGGUGGCGCGUUUCUUUCCAAAACACGCGCGUUGUUAUGGACAAAGACAGGCGAGGCCUAUUUAUAUCUAUUGCCAUCGCACAGUGAUCGAAAAAGUCAGCAAGAGUUUGGGUUGGGUUAUCAUGCUUUGGUAUCACGACCAAACUUUAAUAGCUCAGCUCGUCGCUCGUCGUUACCUCCGAAUCUUCGUCAAGGUCGGCCAGUAUUACUGGAAUCUGUGCAUCACCAUCCUGAUGAUUCUGAGAUACACACAGCCAUAACUACAGUAUUCAUGCCAACUACCCUCGAAGAAAACUCAAAUAAUUGGUAUUUAAUCAGCUUCCGAAAUCGGUCGGAGGGUCCGACAUAUGCUUGGAAGUUACUGACCAUGAGCCAGUUGGAACAGUAUAAAGAGACGGGAGUUUUUGAAGCAAAGUGGUCUCGAGAAAACGGAGAAAUAAAGCUUGUUCCUAUUCACCUCGUAUUCACACAACCAAUCGACUUCCAAGACACCCAAGAAAUUCAAACACUGAGUGGCCACACGGGCCGUGUAACCUUUUUAUAUUCGCCGAAUAUGAGUAUUUUCGGAAAGAAGUAUUUGAUCUCGGGUGGUGAGGAUUGUUCAGUGCGCAUUUGGAGCUUGGAAAAUGGUAAACGUCUGGCGACAUUUACCGUCCAUUCGCAACCAGUCAGAAAAAUUCUUGAACCGCCCGCGGAUGUCGGUACUCGGAUUCGGGGAUGUGUUAUAUCAGUGGGAAAAGAUAGUUCGUUGGCGAUUAUUUCGUUGGAGGAGAUGAAUUGUCUGUAUGUCUUUGGUGGUUACCUAUAUCCUAUAUUGGGAAUACAGUGGCGUCCAACUGAGGACUCUGUGUUAAUCUCAUAUGGUGAUGAAACAGUCCACAUUUGGCAGUUGCACUCCGCUUGUCUUGAUCGUAUUGUCAAAGGGUCGGCUGCUCGAGAUAUGAUAAGCGAUAAACAAUGGAAAAUAAGUCCAAUAAACUUGACCGAUCCUGUAAAAAACACCCAGCACAGGAACAAGACUUUCAAUUCAUUCGCGAUAGACUCUUGCGAGAACCCGAAUUCGCCUAUUCACAUUUUCAUGAUCAAUGUAAGACAACUCAUCAAUGAUAUUUAUCACUAUCACGUGUCCGCGUUGGGAUCAUUCUCGCAUAACAAAACAAAUGGCGCGCCGAAUGAACUAGGAGGCGGAAUAGUUAAUGGAUGUGGUAGUGGAGUUGGAGUUGGGAUAAGUGGAAGCGACGACCUCGACGAGAAAUCUUCAUCUACACAACAACAAUCUAAAGUUUUCUCGUGGACCACUUCGACCAAUACCAUGACAACACAACUUUCUGAUGGAACAAAAUCAUCGAAUUCGUUGUCAGGGCAACCACCACAAGAAACAGAAGGCGGAGCUUUGGGAGCGAGCGUUGUGCAGGGACUAGUCUCGGCGCUGAUGUCUUGGGAUAUUAAUCACUCGUUGGAUCGUAUUUGCAUCCAACGAUUGGGAUUGAGAAAGCCUGCUGAUAGUAUUACUUUUGGAAUAAGAGGUGCAAAUGGAAAUUUGUCGAUUGCUGCUCCUUCUAAACACCGAAAAUUACUGUGGCAAAUAUCUGCGAAUAUGACAGCAACACAUCUAUUGUCAAUUAUUGGGUUAAUUCGGUCGUUUCUUUCCAUGAAAGGAUUAGAUAAAUAUGCAAAUGAUAUAAUAACACAUUACGGAUACUCACUGCCAGAACUUGUAGGAAAAGGAUUUUGUCAUGCAUCCCUAUAUCUUCUUUCUAAAUUUUUUCAAGACUCUUCAGCGGACCUACAACUUGCAGCACGAACACUAUUUUCGUCGUCAUUAAAUAUCAUGCGACAAGAAGAUCUACAAGCAAUAAUAGAUUUCUGGAAACAAUUUCGUGAGCAUAUUGUUGUACCAGCAGUAUCUUCACCUGAUUCAUGCACAAAUCAGUUUAUGGCACGAUCCACGAUAUUACUGGCGAUGAUAGGUGUAGAUAAUCCGAAUGCUUUGCCGAAGAAGAUCGCAAAAAAUGUAGCCUUAUCGUUGACUUUAUUACUUAAUGAUGAAUCUAAACUAGCAUAUCGAUUAGCAGCAUUGGAGCUAUGCGGGAGAGGAUUCGCAGCAGUUCUUCGAACACUAUUCACAUUCGCAAUAGACGCGGACACCAACUCCGCUGCCAUAAAAACCACGGCACGCCAAGCAAUAUUUCAAAUCGCCUCCAUUAACACACCUCUAUUUAUAUCGACGCUCACCUACGACGCAAUAGACUCCGCCAGACCGUGCGACAAAAACGGAUAUUUGAAACUAGUCUCUUUAUUCAUCCGCAAAAAACCAUUAAUACUGUAUUCUAAACUACCGGCGCUAGUGGAAGCGGUUGUCAAGUCUCUGGAUCCUAACAUAACGAAUCUUCGAGAAACUGUUUUGCAAACAACCACAAGUAUUUUACAUGAUUUGGUGAAAACUUUUCCGUCGAUUACUUUCCAUGGGCGGUCGCAGAAACUUGCGGUUGGGACUUUGGAGGGAGCGUCGAUAAUUUACGAUUUGAGAACGGCGACACGGUGGCAUGUGUUGGAGGGUCACACAAAAUCAGUUACAGCGAUAUCAUUUUCAGGAGAUGGUAAAGUAAUCGUCUCGUGUUCACUGGACGAACGAACAGUCCGUGUAUGGAAUACAAGUUCAGGAUUAUUGGGCAUGUUGUCACGAGACUCCAAACCAUUUGUUAGCACGCUAUCGAGUUCCAUAAAGCCCUCUAGGACUUUUGGAUUUAAUAUUGGGGAUGAUGUUCACUUAUCUACACCGACGAUUUUGGAUACCGUACACUUUGAUUGGGUAUCUGAGCGGACAGUUAAAUUAUAUGUUCAAGAUUUGACAAUGUCUUUUAAUGUCUAA